AUGGAAAAUAAACCCAUAACAUUAUCUAACAGUGGAAAAUCUGCCACAACAGAUGAUUCGAAAAGUGAAAUGCAAAUGGUACUCGCCAAAAUGAUGGAAGAAAAGUAUACUUACACUUAUAAAAAAUUAGUAGUGCCUAUGUCAAUGAGAAGUAUUUACUGGAAAUUUUUCGGAUUUCCAGCUACGGAUGACGGAGACAUUCUCACUAAAAUUGCAUAUAAUCGUAAUACCAGUAAUUUACGUAUGCAUUUACAAAAUAAACAUGCUCAAGAACUUCUAGAACUGGAAGCCACCAAUCCUCCACGUAGACAGGUACUUUCUCAGGAGACGAAAGACAGAAGAGCACAAAAAAAAUUAUUGAAAACAGGUAUAACUUCUGCCCAGCAUAUUUAUACUACCAAUGCGGAUGGCACCGUCCAAAUAGAUGGGGAUAUACAAUUUGUAACUGAUCCAAAUAUAAAUUUGUCCAACAUUGAAGAUGAUAUCACAAUUGGCCAACCCUUGAGAGUGAUGAUUAAAAGUGGUUCCAACAUUGGGAACAAUAGUCAAAAUCUGGCUUUUCUCAUGCCAGAGGAUCAUCCCAUCAAUCAAUCAAGCAUUGAUGGAAAGACUGUAUCAGAUGCUAUAGCUGAAUUUAUUAUUAUGGAUUUACAACUACCAGAGGUAGUAGAAGGACGUGGUUUUCAAAGACUAGUUGCAACAUUACGUUCACCUUGUGAGAUUCCUAGUAAAAAUAAAUUGGAAGAGGAAAUAAUACCAAAGAUUUAUGAUACCUUCCGCGAAUCAGUAGCAACAACUCUGUCUUGUAUCACAAGUGAAGUAGGUUUGACUAUCGAAGAAUGGAAAUCAAAUUCUGAUGAAAAAUUUGUUACUGUUUCUGUGUAUUAUCAAAACUCUGGUGAACCAGUGUUAGAAUGUAAAGUGUUAAGUACUAUUCAUGCUCCUUUAGAUUGGGAAGAAUCUCAUUGGGGUAACAUGAUAGAUUCUUUAUUACUUGAUUGGGAUUUGAAAAUAGAAAGGAUAACUGCAGUAGUGGUAGCCACAUCCAGGGUAGAAUUACUGAAUGCUUUAACAAAUCGUGGAUUAACAUUAGUUCCUUGUUUACUUUAUACCUUACAAGUGUGUGCUCAAGCUUGCUUCGAUAGUCUAGAAGUUACUACCAUAUUAUCAAAAUGUAGAGCAGCUAUCGGAGCUAUCAUAAGUCAUCCAGCUGCGUCUGCAGCAUUAGCUAUGCAAGAACAAUUAUUGGAAUUGGAAGAAAAUGCUAUGUUAAUGGAUUAUCCACCUAUAUGGACAUCAACAUACAAUAUGCUUGAACAAAUGGUUCUUCGUCGCAAUAUUGUAACAUCAAUUUUAGAAAGCAUGGAAGGUAUUGAUCAAGAAGUAGUUGAUUUAACAAAUGAUCAGUGGAAGAUUAUAGAAGAUCUUGUAAAUGUGCUUGAGCCAUUUAAAGUUACUAUCAUGACACUUAGUGAGGAAAAAAUGCCAUUAAUAUCUUUAUUAAAACCAUUACUGUGGCAGCUUGUAUCUUCCCAUCUUAAAAUAAAAGAAAGUGACAGUGAGAAAGCAAAGGCUUUCAAAGAAUCUUUAUCUGAUAUGCUUUGUGAUAGAUAUGCAGAUUAUAAUGUCACUCUUUUACUUCAAAUUGCAACUACGUUAGAUCCAAGGUUUAAGCAAUUACCAUACGCUACUGAAGAAGAUAAAAAUUCAGUAGCAACUGAUAUAAAAGAAAUGUUGACAAAACUAAUACAAGAAGAAUCUGGUGAUAAUAUAAAUAUAAAAGUUGAAGAAGAACCAUUGAAUAAGAAAAGCCGUGUAUCAGGUAUGGAAUUUUUGCUUGGAGGAUUAUGUUCAAUAAAAAGUGGAAUGCCUGCAGAAGAAAAGGCAGACCUUGAACUUGUACAAUAUCAUUCUGAAUCUACUGCACCACUUGACUACUGCCCUCUCCAAUGGUGGGCAAAAAUUUCUGCAAAAUGCCCAAAUUUGGGCAAAUUGGCUUGUAAAUAUAAUUGUGUACCUGCAUGUUGUGCACCACCCUCUAGAAUUCCAGCAGAAAUACAAGUUUUAUAUGAUACAAGGCGAACGGCUUUACCUCCUCAUUUAAUAGAUAAGUUACUCUUCCUUCAUGGUAAUCAUACUGUAUGAAGAAGACAUUAAAUUUCACUGAAUUAUAACGUUAGUUCCUUUUAUAUAAUUUAAAUUAAUAGGCAAAUUUGAGUGAAAUCCAAAUCAUUAGCCGCUAAUUUAAAUUAGUUUUAAUGUCAAUGUUAUUUCAAUUUUAUUAUAUAUAAUUUAUUUAGCCAUUGUAAAAAGCUUAUAUUUUCAUUUUUAUUUUUAUUGAGCUAUCAAUAUCUUAUAUAUUCUAAAAGUAAAAAUUAAAAUUGAAAAAUGUACAAGUAUAUUUGUUAAAUGUUUUAUGAAAAAGAAAUAUAUUUAUUUUCACAAAAAUUUAACAAAUUUCAUAUUUUGAAAUCGUUAUUUUACAUUUUAAAUAAGGAAAUAUGUCUUGCUUUAUUAUUCAAAUAAACCCACAGUCUAAAGUAUUAUUUAUUUUAGAAGAAAUUUGGCUAUCAAAAUAUUUUCACACAAAAUUGAAAAGUAAAAAAUGAAUAAAAGUAUUAUUUAUAGAAAUAAGAUAUAGAGAUAAUAAUUUUCUGUUCACACGUAUGGUGUAUUAAUCUUUAUAAAAAUUCUUAAAUGUUACACGGCAUUGAAAAUAAAAUUUUGACGCUAUAAAUAUUGUAUAAGGAUCCGAAAUUAAAUUUUUUCAUAUAAUCUUUAUAUUUUUUGCAAAGAAAUACUGUUAAUAUUUGACUUAAAAUUGAAGUGCAAAUGUGAAAUAAUUAAUAAAUAAUUUAUAAUAAAUUUACUUGUAUAUAUUAAAGAUAAAAAUGUUGAAUUAAAUAGUAUUGUAAAUUUUAUACCAACACAAAAAAUUCUCGUAAUUUCUUUCUAAUAGUAAUAAUAACAGAAAUGAUCUUAAUAAAUAAAUCAUUUGAUUAUUUCUCACUUCUAUGUUUAUUAUUAAUACAAGAAAUAUAUUCUUCAAGAAAUAUAUUCUUGUGAUAUUAAUUUAUAUUUUAGAAAUAUUAA